GAAGUGACGAAGGCACUAGGCGCUAGGUAAAUAGUUCCGUCGCGGCGCAGGCAGAGUCCGCUACUAAGGUUCCGGCCACUGGCGCUUUAGGAGACCUUGUGCAGGAUUUCCGUUGCUCUCGAGUUCCAGGGCGCGUCGAGAGCCAGACUGCUUCAGAUUUGGGCGGCUGGUAGUAGUUCCCGAGUCACAGUGAAACAGGCGACCCAAGAAAAGAGCCCUGGCGGACACAAGCAGGAGAAGACCUAAAGCUUUUUCAAAGAAGAAUGGAGGAAAAUAUCAUGCUCGCUGCAGUGGAAGACACUGUGGAGUACCACCUGUUCCUGAUACCAGAUGAAUCAAUGGACCCAGAAAAACACAGAGAGAUUCUUGAGAAGUAUAUUGAGAAAAUAAUGAGCCAAUUUGCACCUAUGCUGGCUCCCUAUAUCUGGCAGAACCAACCUUUUAAUCUCAAAUAUAAACCUGGCAAAAGAGGUGUUCCUGCUCAUAUAUGUGGCAUGACAAAGUUUGGGGACAAUAUUGAAGAUGAAUGGUUUAUUGUUUAUUUAAUAAAACAGAUUACAAAGGAAUUUCCACAGUUAGUAGCCAGGAUUGAAGAUAAUGAUGGUGAAUUCUUGUUAAUAGAAGCUGCUGACUUUCUCCCUAAAUGGUUAGAUCCUGAUAAUAGUGUCAAUAGGGUGUUUUUCCAUCAUGGGGAGUUGUGCAUUAUUCCUGUACCAAAAAAAUCUGAAACAGUAUCCUGGUUACCCGCCACUCCCCCAACAAUCUCACAAGCAUUAAAUAUAAUCUCAGCACACCCAGAAAAGGUUUUGGCUUCAGAAUCCGUACGAGCCACUGUUAAUAGGCGCAUCAGUGGGUACCCGGAGAAAAUUCAGGCCUUGCUGCACCGAGCACACUGCUUCCUUCCAGCUGGCAUUGCAGUGGUACUAAAGCAGCGGCCCAGGGUCCUCAGUGGACUUACUGUUAGUUUUAACUGUGAAAUGAUGAGAUUUUCAACUUCAAAGGAACACUCACAUAUUUUGUGUCCCAAUGUCUAGGUUACUUUCACUAAAUGUCUCUACGCACAGUUGGCACAACAGAGGUUUGUGCCAGACCGACGGAGUGGAUACCGGCUGCCACCUCCAUCUCACCCCCAGUACCGAGCCCAUGAACUGGGCAUGAAGCUGGCUCAUGGAUUCGAGAUCUUAUGCUCCAAAUGUAGCCCACAGUUUUUGGACACCAAGAAGUCCCUUGUGACUACCUCACCACUCUGGGCUGGCUUCCUUGAAAGUCUGAAAAAGAAUGAUUAUUUUAAGGGACUCAUAGAAGGUUCUGUUCAAUACCAGGAAAGGCUAGAAAUGGCAAAGAACUACUUCCAACUCUCAGUAAAUCGAACAGAAAGUUCACUUGCUAUGAGCCCUGGUGAAGAAAUCUUGACCAUAUUACAGACAGUACCAUUUGAUGUAGAAGAGCUUAAGAAAGAAGAAGCUAACCUUCCUCCAGAGGAUGAUGACCACUGGUUAGAGCUUUCACCAGAUCAGCUGGAUCAGCUACUGCAGGAGGCUGCUGGCACAAGAGAAUCACAACCCAUUUCCAAGAAGGAGGAGGAGGAGCAGAACUAUGACUUAACUCAAGUCACAGACAGCAUGAAGGCUUUCAUAUCCAAAGUCUCAACCCACAAGGGAGCAGAGCUGCCCCGAGAAUCUUCUGAGGCUCCAAUCACUUUUGAUACAGAUGCCUUUCUUAAUUAUUUUGAUAAAAUUUUAGGACCGAAGACUCAGGCAUCAGACUCUGAUGAUCUGGAUGAGGAUGACUUUGAAUGUUUAGACAGUGAUGAUGAGGUGGACCUCGAAACUCAGGAACCUGGUGAAGAAGCUUCUCUGAAAGGAGCUCUUGACAGCCUCAAGUCAUACAUGGCCCAAAUGGACCAGGAGCUGGCACAUACCAGCAUGGGCAAAAGUUUUACCACUAGCAAGCAAGUGAAUAAGAAGCCUUCAUCUCAGACUACCAAUAACAAUUCAGAUGAGGAAGAUUCUGGUGCCAGAGAUUCUGUUCUGGCCCCAGUGGAUGUAGACCUGAACCUGGUUUCAAAUAUAUUGGAAUCCUACAGCUCCCAAGCUGGCCUGGCAGGGCCCGCCUCAAAUCUCUUACAGAGCAUGGGAGUGCAGCUGCCGGACAACAGUGAUCACAGAGCCUCCCAAAAGCCAGUGAAAGAUUAGCUGACUAAUCUAGCUGUUUUCCUCUUUAAAUAAACAAUGAGUCUGAGUGAAAUCAUUUUGGUUUGGGAUUA